AUGACCAACCAUAAGAAGUACAAUACAUUUAUCGAGUAUGGAUUAAAUGAUAAAUUUGGUAGGUCAAGUAUGGUCAGCAUCAAGAAGAAACAACAACAAGCGCAUGGAUGGAUGGUGAUUGCUAACCGAGAAGGGUUUCGUGCGUUCUCCGCAAUUCCGAGAUCUAGCAGAACUACAUUGUCUGAAGCGAUUCCUCAAGUUCCUCUAGAGGACAUGAUAGAUGACAUAACAGGAACAGAAGAUCUCCCCCUCUCAAUCUCAGUUUCAGCUCCUCCCAUUGUGACCAUGGAGCAAGUCGAGAACCGACCUGAAGAUACACAGAUUGUCAUUACUCCACCUGACAUAAUGUCAGCGAUUCUCGAAGUCCCGAAUCCGAAAGGAGACAUUCUGACAAAGGCGAGAACACAGCAAUGGCAGAACACAAUCACAGGCGUUGGACAGAGGUUCAAAAACGUCAGCGAGUUUCGUGAAGCACUGCGUAAAUACGCCAUUGCGAACCAGUUUGGAUUCCGUUACAAGAAGAACGAUAGCCACCGAGUGACGGUUAAAUGUAAAGCAGAAGGUUGUCCCUGGAGGAUCCAUGCUUCGAGGCUAUCCACCACUCAGCUUAUCUGUAUCAAGAAAAUGACUCCUUCACAUACUUGUGAAGGUGCAGGUGGCAUCAACGGUCUUCAGACGAGUAGGAGCUGGGUUGCUAGCAUUAUAAAGGAGAAGCUGAAAGUGUUUCCUAACUAUAAACCCAAAGAUAUCGUCAGCGACAUCAAGGAAGAGUAUGGGAUUCAGCUUAACUACUUUCAAGCUUGGCGUGGGAAAGAGAUAGCGAGAGAACAGCUUCAAGGAUCAUACAAGGAUGGUUACAAGCAGCUUCCCUUGUUCUGUGAGAAGAUCAUGGAAACGAAUCCAGGCAGUCUAGCUACGUUCACCACCAAGGAAGAUUCAAGUUUUCACCGUGUUUUUGUUUCGUUUCACGCCUCUGUUUAUGGUUUCCUAGAGGCAUGUAGACCGUUAGUGUUUCUUGAUAGUAUGCCGUUGAAGUCAAAGUACCAGGGAACUUUGUUAGCUGCAACUUCUGUUGAUGGGGACGAUGAAGUGUUUCCUCUGGCUUUCGCAGUUGUUGAUGCCGAGACGGAAGAUAACUGGGAAUGGUUCUUGCUUCAGCUGAGGUCUGCUCUCGGCACGGAUCAACAGAAGGAUCUGCAGGUUUCUAGCCCCAUCACAUUCGUUGCAGAUAGACAGAAGAGUCUGCAUGAACUGAUCCCAAAAGUGUUUGUUAACUCCUUUCACGCGUACUGCUUAAGAUACUUGACUGACGAGCUCAUCAGAGACUUGAAAGGACCGUUCUCACACGAGAUCAAGCGGUUAAUCGUCGAAGACUUUUACUCUGCAGCAUAUGCACCAAGACCUGAUUCAUUCGAGAGACAUGUAGAGAACAUCAAAGGCCUCUCGAUGGAUGCUUACACCUGGAUCGUGCAAAAUAGCCAGCCAGAUCACUGGGCCAACGCUUACUUCCCCGGUUCUCGGUACAACCACAUGACUUCAAACUCAGGUGAACCGUUCUUCAGCUGGGCUUCUGACGCCAACGACCUACCAAUAACUCAAAUGGUUGAUGUGAUCCGCGGGAAAAUCAUGGGGUUGAUACACGUGAGAAGGAUUAAUGCAGCUGAGGCUAAUGGAAGAUUGACUCCUUCCAUGGAAGUUAAGCUAGAAAAAGAGUGCUUAAAAGCGCAAAGCCUUCAUGUAGCGUCAUCUGCGGAUAACAACUUGUUUCAGGUUCGUGGAGACACUUAUGAGCUUGUGAACGUGGCUCAGUGGGACUGUAGCUGCAAAGGUUGGCAGUUAACGGGCUUACCGUGUCACCAUGCGGUUGCGGUUAUCAGCUGUAUUGGACGUAGCCCUUACGAGUUAUGUUCUAGAUAUUUCAGUGUUGAGAGUUAUAGGAUGACUUACUCCAUGUCGAUAAACCCUGUUCCUCUUUUGGAAGGAGGAGAGAUGUGUAGAGAGAGCUCAGGGGGGUCUGCGGUGACUGUAACACCACCACCUACACGGAGACCACCGGGGAGGCCGCCAAAGAAGAAAACACCUGCGGAAGAGGUGAUGAAGAGGCAGCUGCAAUGUAGCAGGUGCAAGGGACUUGGUCACAACAAGUCAACUUGUAAAGAAUAUCUUCUUGAAUGUUAG